AGGAUUUCCGUGGACAGCGAUUGGAGUUGGACGAUCAAUAACAAGUUUCCUUGGACAUGUUGGUUGUUAAUUGUCGUUGAUCAGCAGCUUCCUCCGUUUUCGUUUUAAUUUUUGUGCAGGAACAGUUUCAAUAGAAUUGUACUUGAGCAGAGGCAAUCAUUGUGGAUUUAACUGGCAUCUUUCGACAUCCCAGCGUUCAAAUCUAUUAAAAGAGGCCAUGAUAAGAAAGAGACCACAGAACUUGGCUGUGCAUUAUGACUGAGAAUGAUGGAGGCAGGUAUGAAGAAGUAGAAAUCAACGGUAGCGAGGAUCCCACCAGUACUCUGCUGGAAGAUACUCAGACCGAAGCCAACGGCAACACCACCACGCAUCAACCAGUGGCAUCGUCAAGACGCUCUAGUGCAAUGUCUAACGCUGCCUCCAUCCUGCGUUUUUUUAUCUUGUUGCUGCUGAGAGUGUGUCUCCGUUUCUGGAAGGUGUGUGUCGCUGAACUCUUGAUUGUAGUCUUGGUCUUCUGGAUGUAUGGAGGGAUCAUUGUUUUCUUCCUUAUGAUUGCAGCUCUUCUUACUGUGGUAUACAAUAUGCAAGACUUCCUCCUGUACUUCCCUGACAACCCCAAGAUGUCAACUGUCUUCGUCCCAUCAGCAGCCAUCUUGGAACUUCCAUACGAGAAUCUAACUAUAAAGACAUCGGACUGGGUCAAAAUUAGUGGAGUUUUACUCAAGCAGCCUCCAGACAGAGCGGCGAGAUCACCUACAAUUCUGUUUCUCCAUGGAAAUGCUGGAAACCUUGGACAUAGAUUAUUUAAUGCUAAGAUGCUCUAUACAGUGUGCCAUUGUAAUAUCCUAUUACUUGACUACAGAGGGUAUGGUAGAAGUGAAGGAACUCCAUCAGAAUCAGGUCUGUACACAGACGCCCAGUCGGCAUUGGACUACCUUCACACGAGAAGAGACAUUGACCCAACACAACUCUUCAUCUUUGGACGAUCACUAGGGGGCGCUGUUGCAAUCCAUAUAGCAUCACAGAAGAUGAACAUGGGGAGGUUAAAGGGGCUUAUCAUAGAAAACACCUUCACCUCAAUACAAGAGAUGGGUAGCCACUUAUUUGCAGGAGCAGUCAGCUGGAUCCCGCUUUGUUUAGUCAAGAAUAAGUUUUUAUCAAAUAGGAAAGUAGCAUCUAUACACACAUCAACCAUGUUCUUAGCCGGUACUGUAGAUGAGCUAGUACCCCCUAAAAUGAUGAAAGAAUUAUUUAUGCGAUGUAGAGCUCCAAAGAAGUCAAUGUAUUGUUUUACCGGAGGGACACACAACGAGACGUGGCAUUGUGAGAACUACUUCCAAACAAUCAGAGACUAUAUAUGGAAAGUCCCUGGUAGCAGAAGAGGAGAGAGCAGCUACAACCCUCCACACUCUAACCACCCACAUCAUCAUCAUCAACAACACCAUCAUCAUCAACACCAUCAUCCACUCUCAGGAAGUGCAGUCCCUUCCAAUGCAUCCGUAGUCUUCAAUGCAUAAUGAUACUGAAACAGCUCUUAGUUCUCAGAUCCAUCUCACCCUGGUUGCAUAGAAAUCCUUCACCAUCCAGUGUAUAUUACUUCAGUGAUAUCCUUUGGUUUGGCUUGGCUGAUGUGAAGCGUUGGUCAUGACCACUCUAUGGCCAAGUUACUGUGAUGGUUGGUAAGUUUCACUCCAAAGGCCCUGGUUCAAAACAGGGUAUCGAUGCAAUGGAACGUCUCAGGCUCGGUUCAGUGUCCUUUUCUUGAGCGGGCUUGAUCCUUGAAAGAUCAGUCUGGAUGGUUGAGGGAGGGGGGCAGCCCAGUGACGGGGGAAUGGCUUGAGCGAUCUAAUCGAGAAGACAACACUGGGUUCAUCUGCUUUGACUCACAGAAUGGUGUGGGCAAUCCAGUAUGACUGAAGCAAUUAAGGAUGUUAUCCAGAAGACUUUAUGUUGUGUGUCCACAAGAGGGAAGUGUGACUUCAGGCCAUUUUCAUAUUGAAGGGAAAGUGGGGUUACGCCGGUGUAACUCUGGAUUGAGUUGAUACACUUGUACUGUGGAAUGGCAUUACAACCUUUUUCCAACUGGCAAGCUCUAGUAUAAGUGUCAUGCUUAGAUAUUUGUCAUGAACAUUUUUGUCAAUAGCACCAAGACCUUGGAGCCAAACCAAUGAGAGUAAUCCAACCGACUUUGGACACAACUAUGAACACUCUUUUUUUACGUCUUGGCCAGUAUAGUAGAUAAGUAUGAGGAUAUGGAGGUGAAUGUAAACAUGAUAAUGAUGAUGUUUUGUUCAACCUCGUACCAUUUGAUGUCGAAUGAAAUAGAAAAUAGAUGGGAGCAUAUGAUCUAAUUACAAAGGUAGAGUGGAAAGAUCUUGGCCCCAUCUUACAAAGAGUUACGAUUGAUCCAAUCAACCACAACUAUGGAAAGCCAGCAACUUCAACAUCUAAAA